UCUUUGUUUUCUCAGAGACUCGCUGUGCGCAGAGAGGAGGAACAUGUCCGCAGUGCAGCUGCUGCGGGCGUCGGUACAAGAGCGGAUCAGCGCUGCCACUGAAGACUUUCUGCUGCAGGUGGAGAAAGGAGGAGGAAAGGCUCAAGUCCCGGCGCUGAGAGCGAUGCUGACCAAGCGGCUCACGGUGGCAGGAGAGGCGAUCCUCGCGGGGCUUGAGGAAACCUUGGCAGAUUACGCGGACCGAGUGGAGCAGUCCGAGCGGGAGAUCUGCCGCCAGAGGAAGCUGCUCGAUGCCGUGAUGCAGCCCGUAGUCCGGCUGCACAGAGCAGUGUGUCCUGCAGACGUCCAGCAACUGAUGGUGAAUAAAGAAGAGGCUCCCCCUGAGCAGCAGCAGUGGAGCCCCCUUGUGGACCAGGAGGACCCAGAGCCCCCCCACAUUAAAGAGGAACAGGAGGAACCGUGGACCAAUCAGGAUGGACAGCAGCUUCAAGGACUGGAGGAGGCUGAUAUCAAGUUCACAUUGACUCCUGUCGCUGUGAAGAGUGAAGAAGAUGAGGAGAAACUUAAAUCGUCAACGCUUCAUCCGGGUGAGACUAAAGAGAACAGAGCGGACUGUGGAGGACCAGAACCAGUCAGGAACUCGGGUCCUGAUAGACGUUUACAACAAGGUACUGAGGACAAGACUGAAAACUCUUCUGACACUGAACACAGUGAGGAUGAUUGGAUGGAGACAAGGGAACCUCAGACUGGUUUAAAUACAAGAAAUAACAAGCAGCCUCUAAGUGGUAUGGGAUGUAAGACAGAAAAAAAAAUCGUUAAGUUGCUCUGAGUGUGGUGAAAGAUUUAGUCGGAGUGACCAUCUAAAUAUACAUAUGAGGCGUCAUACAGGAGAGAAACCGUUUAGUUGCUCUGAGUGUGGUAAAAGAUUUAACCAAAGGGGCAGUCUAAAUUCACAUAAGAGGAGUCAUACAGGAGAGAAACCGUUUAGUUGCUGUGAGUGUGGUGAAAGAUUUAGCCGUAGGUCCAGUUUAAAUAUGCAUAUGAGGUGUCAUACAGGAGAGAAACCGUUUAGUUGCUCUGAGUGUGGUGUAAAAUUUAACAAAAGGGGCAGUCUAAAUUCACAUAUGAGGAUUCAUACAGGAGAGAAACCGUUUAGUUGCUCUGAGUGUGGUCAAAGAUUUAACCAAAGAUGCAAUCUAAAUACACAUAUUAGGAUUCAUACAGGAGAGAAACCGUUUAGUUGCUCUGAGUGUGGUGAAAGAUUUAACCAAAGGGUUAAUCUAAAUUCACACAUGAGGAUUCAUACAGGAGAGAAACCGUUUAGUUGCUCUGAGUGUGGUCAAAGAUUUAACCAAAGAUGCAAUCUAAAUACACAUAUUAGGAUUCAUACAGGAGAGAAACCGUUUAGUUGCUCUGAGUGUGGUAAAAGAUUUAACCAAAGGGGCAGUCUAAAUUCACAUAAGAGGAGUCAUACAGGAGAGAAACCGUUUAGUUGCUCUUAGUGUGGUAAAAGAUUUACCGCAAGGGGAAGUCUAAAUAGACAUAUGAGGAGUCAUACAGGAGAGAAACCGUUUAAUUGGAGUGUGGUGAAAGAUUUCAGAUUCAGUCCUAUUGUACGAGACGUGAGGAUUCAUAAAGGAGACAAGUGAUUCAGUUGCAACCUUUGCAACAACAAAAAAUUGGAUUUAUGAGCAGAUAUUCAUAUUAUACAUAUUCAUAGUUCACUGCUUUAAAUAGACUAUUCACUUUUUGUAUGUCCCUAGAAAACAUUACUCAUUGAAUAAUAUGAAAGAUUUGUGUUUAUAUAUUUUGAUUCUACUUAUUUCAACAUCAUUUAUGUAUUUUUCAUAAUGUCCUUCAUGUCAUUUUAAGGUUAAAUUGUCUUCCUUGCACAGUAUGAAUAUGUGUUCUUUACUAGUUCAUAUGAUUUAAAUAUGUUUGUUUUAAAACAAUGGUUUCUUGGUCCGUGAGAUUCAAUGACAGUGUGUGUUCUCCUUUAUGUAUUGAAUGUGUUUCCAAGAAUUAAAGUUGAGUAAAAAGAUAA